AUGGUGCAACCAUGUAAAGGACAAAUUCCAACAUCAUUUUGUGAACAUUUUUUGACUUCUCUUGUUCAAAUGGAAGUAGAAGAUGAUUUGUUUUUUGCAGAUUUGAGCAAACAAAUCUCUCUUUUAAUAAUGGAUGAUGAUGAACAUGAACAUCAAAACUCUAAGGUGUAUCGUGAUUCUCCUGAUGACUCUCUUCAGGCCUUUUCACAAGUAAUGUAUCCAACAAGAAGAGCAGGAUAUGUAUAUGAGCAGAAUAAUAGAAGAGAAAUUAGCAAAGGAACUGGAGUAUUUAUCCCUCUUUCUUCACAUCUAAGAAGAAAAAACAGGCAACCAAGACAUAAUUUCUCAUCCAAAACUACCAAGAUCCAAGGACAAACAGAAAGACAACUAAUUAAUCAAGUUCCACCUCAUUAUAAUUCACUAAAUCCUACUAGAUUUUCUUAAAUCACAUGUUUAAUAUAAUUCAAGACUUUAUUAUAACUUAAAAAUAAUUAAGUUAAUUAACUACUAGAAUUUAAUUUUGGGUUGUAUUGUGUUGUACAAAGGGAGUCCUCCUUUUUGCAAUUUGCAGUAUAUUUUUAGAGAGGUACAGACUAAGGUAUAUAAGUGCCUCUCUUUAAUUAUAGUGGUAUUUAAUUUUAUGAUUGUUUAUUAUGUAAUCCUCUCAUGUUUAAUUAGAUGUAAUUGAUUCAAUUGUAAUUUUUUGGCCCCCUUUUAAUAACUCUAUGCAUGUAUCGUGAC